AUGUCUGCAGCAUCAUCAGCAGUAGGCAAUUUGCCUACCAGGCUGCGCAAUUUCUUCGCCCGUUAUCCUCCCCAGAAAUACUCCGCCUUAGUUGCGCCUCAGCCAACACCGCGGGAAGCUAGCCAGGCAGAGGGCACAGAAGCCGCUGAAAAGUCCCUGCCAUCGCCUUACACACCCAACCGUGAUGCCAAGGGUACUCCGAAACCCGAUCUGGAGAAGUAUUCGUUCUCCCGCGCACUUCUACACAACGACCCUAAUUUUCCAAACCCUUUCCUCCCUCAGAAGAUCUUCCGCACUGGGAAGUGGAAGGGUCCACGCUAUGGACUUCGAGAACAAGCAGAUCUAGUCAAAUUGGCCCAGAAGUACAAUGUUGAGCCUCUUCUCCCACCUGGACCUAAGUCGACUCCUUACAAGGCUGCUCGUCUCUCGGAGCGUGGCUUGGCUAUUAAGGGUACUGGUAUUGGCCAGAAGGUUAAGGGUCACAAGUGGGAGCGUACUAUGGAGGCUCGCUUGGAGGACCGCCGCAAGGCAAUGAUGGAGAUGCCGGAGAUGAUCCGUCUGUGGAAGCAGAGAGGCCAUGGUCGUGGAUGGCGCCAAUGGCCCAAGCGGUAA